AGCAAAUAAAAAAUAACAUUGAGAGUUUGAACUUACAAAAUAAAAAUAAGUUGAAAAAUACACAGGGGUGAAGCAUAGAAUCUGAUACAUAUAAUAUCUCUAUCUGCGCAUUCAUAAAUGAGAGUAGAAGUUACUUAGGCAAGUAGUUUCAGUGGAGACAGAACACUGAAAGAAAGUGGGGAGUCGGUUGGAGAGAGGUGUGUAGAUAAGAGGUAGGUACAGAAGUGGGGGUCAGUGUGGGAGUGACAGGGCACAGAAAGAGAAGCAUAGGGAGGAAGAAAAGAGGAAGAGAAUGAACGGAAGGCGAGGCGGUGAGGGGAAGUGACAGCUUACAUACAGCUUAGAGAGUAAGAGAGGGACAGCUCCCAAACUAAACGACAGAUAGAAAAUAAAAGGCUUACUCUACUCUGGCUUUACUGGAAUUUGUUGAUCUUAAACGGCAUUAUACAAGUUCAUACACAUACGUCACCUGCUUAUUGUCAUUCCUUUAAUUUUCGCAGGUUGAAAAACAAGGAACAGGAGAAGCCAAAACAAGGAAGCUAGGACAGGAAGCCAAAGUGAGAAUAUAAUAGUGUGGGAAAGCUAAAGAGUGCGCUGGUAAGAGAAUAUUAGUGCAGAGAAGAAAGAACAAGAGUGAGAAAAGUCACAAAACAUACAUAUAUGUAGAUGAAAAGUAAAGAGUUUGAAGUGGGAACAGGAUGAGCGAUCAAGGUAAAAAUACAAAGAGAGAGUCUGCAGAUGCAUUCUUUGUGCAAGGAGAGACUCUGGAACACAGAGGUGCAUUGGAAGAGUCUGCAGAAACAUUUGUUGUGCAGGAUCAAACCAUAGAAAGACCUCAUUCAGAAAAGCAGACUGCAGAAACAUUUAGUGCACAACAUGAGACAUCAGAAGAUAAAAGCACAGCAAAAGAGUUUGCUGGAACAUCCAAUGUGCCAUGUGAGACGUUAGAGCAGGCAGAAAAAGCCACCGUGGAGACAUUCAUUGUGCCAGAUGAGACAUCAGAACAAACAGACAUGGAAAAAGUGACUGCAGAGACAUUCAUUGUUAGAGAUAAAACAUCAGAACAGACAGACACAGAACAAGUGACAGUGGAGAUAUUCUUUGUGCAAGAUGAGGCAUCUGAACCAGGGAGCAACAAGCCACAGAUCCAGGAACCAUCUAUGGCUGCUGGAAAUGACACUGUUUUUCAAGAUGAUGUAAAGGCAUCUACAGAUGGUCUAGAGGGGAAGCCCAGAACCUGGAGAUCUGCUCCUCCCUCACCUAUCAGUGAGAGACGAGGUUUAUCUGCAUCACUUCUGUCUCUCCACACUGAACAAUUCCUUGACCUUCUCUCCACUGCUCAAACACGGCGCCUAGAAGAGCAGAGAGCAGAGCUGCCUCCGCCACGUCCCAGGGCCAAGCGACAUUUUUCUUUACCCACAUCACGUAACCUAUCCCUUCCUACAGAUGAUAAAGGGCUGCUCAUAGAGCUCCACCGCAGGAGGGGUGGAUCAUGGACUGGGAGGAGUCUCAGAAAGAAACCAGCACCUUUAAAAAUACCAGCUCAAGAGGAGUUGUACAACACCAUUAUAGGGCAUCAGGCUCAGCGGAUGGAAGACCAGCGCUGUUCUCCUCCACUCCCACAGAGUGCUGCUGACCUAUUUGAGAUAUUAUUUCGUGUUCAAGGGAAUCGUUUGGAUGAACAGAGGGUGGAAAUGCCUCCGCCACUUGGGGGCGCCUGCUGAUCAGGCAAGAUGAAUGAAAUGUGUGCUUCCCCAUUUUCCUUGCUGGCAGCAUUCCCUAGGCUGUCUGCAAGGGGUCAUUUUAUUUUACCCUGCUGGGGUCCUUUAUACUUUCUCUGUUUCAUCAUCCCAUUUGGAGCAUGAACUAGAAACAGAGGUUACCAGAUUGAGAGGAGAAACUUAUAUUUAUUAUCCAUUCAUUUAUUUUAAGGUUUAUUUUAAGCCUUUUUUCCCAUCAAAACCUGGCAGAAGUGGUAGCUUGGGCUCUUAAAACAAGGGACUCAGACACUGGAAAGGGCUCUGGAAAGAGUUAAAUCAUUACAUAUAGAAUGGAGGAGAAUUAAUAAGAAUUGAUAUCAGGAUACAUAUAAGCAGGAUGAUCUACUGAAAGAAUAACUGCUCUAUAAAAUUUACCAUUUGGAUGAAUUGUAUAAGAACUAAGUGAUUCAGUUUGUUAAUUGAUGAUAGAGCUGAUUUUAGUGGUUUCUAUUUAGGUUCAUUGAAUCAAUGCUGUGAAUAGGAAGUGGGUGUGGGAGGCAGGAUGCCAUUAAGGAAACAUUGGCUUGUAGUAAGUGGCGCUGCCCCUAGAUGGACACAUGAUUGGACACUUUAGAACUGCUUUAAAAUCUCUUUCCUCCAGUAGCACUUUUUGCUGAAUUGUUUUUAUUAACCUUGUUUCAAAUAAAAUAUCUUUCUUUAUCAAAAA